AUGGAGCUCCCGCCAAUGAGCCCACGGGCAAUUUGGUCAUUUCUCCUCCAUGCCAUCAUUUUCUCUUCAAUAUACGUUCCAUGGUUGUUGGGAUCUGCUGCUAACUUCUCCAACGAAACAGAUCAUCUUGCUUUGGUCCACUUCAAAAAUCUGAUAACCGACGAUCCUCUCCAUUCCUUGAGCUCCUGGAACCAUACUCUCCACUUCUGCCACUGGCAAGGAGUGACUUGCGGUCACCGACAUCCUCAAAGGGUAACGGCCUUGAACCUCACUGGCCAAAACUUGGUGGGCCCCAUAUCUCCCUACAUAGCAAACCUCACCUUCCUCAGGAUCAUCAAGUUAAAAGACAACAGAUUCUAUGGCGCGGUUCCUAAAGAGAUUGGCCAUUUGUUCCGCUUGCAGUAUCUCGAUCUGUACAACAACACAUUCACAGGAGAAAUUCCAGUAAAUCUGACCCACUGUUCAGAACUCAAAGUCCUCUAUCUUCACAUGAACCAGCUUGUAGGGAGGAUUCCAACUGAGCUAGGUUCUCUAUCCAAGCUCACCAAAUUGUACCUUGGUCACAACAGUCUUACAGGAAGCAUCCCACCUUCACUUGGAAACCUUUCGUCUCUCACUGACCUUUUUCUUUCGAUUAACAGUCUCGAGGGCAGCAUCCCAAGUGAGCUCAACCAGCUGGUAAGCUUAGAGGUGCUUGCAAUUUAUUCUAAUAACCUGUCAGGUAGGAUUCCUCCCUCGCUAUACAAUCUUUCAUCCAUUACCAUUUUGGACGUGGGAUAUAACAGAUUGAAUGGAAAGCUUCCAUACAACUUAGGCCUCACUCUCCCUAAUCUCCAAGGACUCUAUGUUGGAGGAAACCAAUUCACAGGACCCAUACCAGUUUCAUUACCCAACGCUUCACGACUUGUACUUCUUUCAUUUGGGGACAAUAGUUUUAGUGGAUACAUGCCUACGAAUCUUGGAAGCCUCAAGGGUCUCACUAAGGUACUUUUCGGCCAAAAUCGACUUGGAACUGAGAAAGCUCAUGACUUGAGUUUUCUCGUUUCAUUGACCAAUUGUACUAGCUUACAACUACUGGACAUGGGCGUUAACCGUCUCAGCGGUGCGUUGCCUGACUCCAUAGCUAAUCUUUCGACCCAACUGACAAUUCUAGUACUUGAUGGUAACAGGAUAUUCGGAAGCAUCCCAUCUGGGAUUCAAAACCUUUUCAGCUUAACAAAGUUGUCUAUGGAGUAUAACUUUUUAACGGGUGCCAUUCCCAUUGGUGUUGGGAAGCUUAACAAAAUGGAGCUACUUUCCUUGAGCGCAAAUGAAUUAUCUGGAAAAUUUCCAUCUUCCUUGCAAAACAUGUCCCGGUUGUAUGUACUUGGUUUACACGGAAACAGUCUAACAGGGAGUGUAACUUCAAGUCUUGGAAAUUGUACACACAUGCAGUUUUUGAACAUCGCUGAUAAUAAUCUUAGUGGUAGCUUACCCAAGCAACUUUUCAGCUUUCCCUCUUUAAUUGAAAUCUAUGUUGGAGGCAACUUGUUUAGUGGCGAUCUGCCAUUGGAAGCCGGAUACCUGAAAGCUCUCCAGAUGUUGAAUGUUUCCAAUACCAAAUUGUCAGGUGAAAUUCCAAGCUCUCUAGGCAACAACUUGUCUGGAAAGAUUCCACAAUACCUGGAAAACCUUUCUGCUUUGCAAAACCUAAAUCUAUCUUUCAAUAAUUUUGAGGGUGAAUUACCAAAACAAGGGGUCUUUAGAAAUGCCAGCGGAGUUUCAGUACUCGGAAAUAGUAAGCUUUGUGGGGGUAUUGAAGAAUUGAAAUUGCCAGAGUGCUCUAGCCAAGCUUCCAAGAAAUUGGGGAUGUCUCUUGCUUCAAAAGUAAAAUUCUCAAUAAUUGGCGUUGUCCUGUGUCUUAUUUCAUUAUCAUGUUUCUUUACCACUCUGUAUUGGGUAAGAAAGUCGAGAAAGAAACCUUCUGUUCCGCCAUCCGUGGAGGAUCCUUUCAUGAUCGUAUCAUAUGCAGACCUCUUUAAAGCGACAGAUGGCUUCUCUUCUGCAAAUUUGAUUGGCACUGGAAGCUUUGGUUCUGUAUAUAAAGGAACACAAGAUGGAGAUGGAACUGUUUUUGCAGUGAAAGUCCUCAACCUUCAACAGCAAGGAGCUUUGAGGAGCUUCAUGGCCGAAUGUGAAGCUUUGAGAAACAUUAGGCAUCGGAAUCUUAUUAAAAUCUUAACCUGUUGCUCAAGCAUUGAUUAUAAAGGCAACGAGUUCAAGGCUUUAGUUUUUGAGUACAUGAACAAUGGAAGUCUAGACAGGUGGUUACCCAAAGAUGGGUUUGACCAGCAGAGGGGGAAUUUAACCUUUAUUCAAAGGCUAAAUAUAGCGCUUGAUGUGGCUUCUGCACUGGAUUAUCUACACCACCAUUGCCAAACACCAAUUGUGCAUCGCGAUUUAAAACCGAGCAACAUUCUUCUUGACGAUGACAUGAUUGCCCAUGUGGCUGACUUCGGGCUAUCGAGGUUCUUAUCUGAGGUUGCUCAAACCAUAUCGCUUGGGGUGAAGGGAUCUAUUGGGUACGUCGCUCCAGAGUAUGCAAUGGGCGGUAAAGUUUCUACACAAGGAGAUGUUUACAGCUAUGGAAUCCUUCUCUUGGAGAUGAUAACUGGAAAGGGUGGAUUUCUCACAGAGAGGGCCCUACCUAGCUUCCCAGCACAGAAACUUUGUGCGAAUGACUUUGCCGGAAAUCCGCGUCCGUGA